AUGCGGACACCGAUUCCGCUUCUGAUUUUGCUGUCAGUCAGAGGAUACGCGGAAAUCACCUCAUCAGCCGAUCUCAAUUGCGAUUUCUCGACGGCAUGCCAUUGGAGGAAUGCAACUGGCCCGGAAGACAGCGGUGAAUGGAUCGUCAGCAAUCGUUAUGAAGGAGAUCCGUUGCAUUUGAUCACAACCAGGAAGUCAGGCGACGGCUUCUUCGCCUACACAAGUGGAUUCAUGGGCAGAACUGUCUCUCUACUAGUGUCGGAAGUGAUUUCCUGUCAACUUGGAGGGGGUAACGUCAAGUACUGGUACUUCAAAACUGGUAUCGAAUCGCAAUUGGAAGUAUGUGUACGCCAGCCACCAGGAAGUAAAGACGUUAAUGCGCUCAGAUGCUACGACGGGUUAUCGCCGAAUUUCAUUCAACAAUGGAUCUUCCGCGUAAUUGAGUUACCACCUCUAUCGCAGCCUUUUGAGCUGGUCUUUCGAGGGACAUUCUAUCCACCAUUGGACGUUAUCGCUCUUACUGAAAUCAACUAUACAUCAACACUUUGUGAUGACCAUCAAAACCGGCAAAAAAGGCUGGCACCUCCUUUGGUCGGCUUCCACGAUUGGCAGGAAAUACGCCAUUCUGAUAAAUACAAAGGAGAGACGAUGAUAGUCGUGGCGCAACCUACGGCAGAUGAGACAACAACCGAGUUCUUGCAGGGGGAUAAGAAGCUCUUUGAGCAGACCAAACUGACGUUUCUCGACACCACAACUCUUCAGCCCACUACCCCAGCCAACACAGAAAGCCCUCCCACGACGACUUUUACCGCACCUUCGACGACUUCCACCCCAGCUGCGACGACUUCUACCGUAGCUGCGACAACCACUGCUAUAGACCUGGAGUCACUUUUUACGACAACGCCAAGCACCGGGUCUACCACUGACCCAAUGGCAAAUUUUAUGCUCCUACUCAAACAGACCGUCCCAAUCUUACCGUAUAUACCAAUCCUCGUAAAGAGUCUUCAAGCUGAUGCACCCACUACAAAUGGGAACGGGGGAGUAUUCGAACAAGCAUAUUCCAUGCCGAAUAUUCAGGCCCCUGCAGCACAACAAGAUCUUCGUCGGUCUCCUCCAGUGGUUGCAUCCCACUUUUACAACACAGACCCAGUGUCUCCGCUACCACCGCUACCUAACGAGCCUGAGCCGAGCUUAGUGGAACUCGCGAAGAAAUUCGGUCUCCUUGGAGAAGAUGAUUCGCUCACAACAGUCUCUCCACCCAUUUUCAGCCUCGGAGCCCCAACCGAAACAGCGCCUGCUAUUUCGGCGAGGAACGUUUUCGGUAUGGCUAUGACAACGGAAAGGUCUGAAACGUUACCAACGGUCUACCCACCGAAACUGGUAAAUAUGAAUACAGCCAAACUGAAAAAAUCGACACCCUACACGAGUUCGCAAAGGCCCGAGGGAAAGCACCCAGAGAACCUCCAAGAACUGUACAAGAAGCGUCGUAAAGGAAUGGUGAGGGAAAGAAUUAUUACCACCACCACCACCACUACCCAGGAACCAUCCAAGGAAUUGGUUAUCUUCAAGAAACCCACUCGAAUGGAAUCCGAAGUGGCCAAUCAACUAACAGAACUGACAAAGUACCUUCCAAGUGGAGCUGUCGACGACCUAAAACUUUUGAGAGAAAUUCCUGAUAUCGAAGGCCUCACUCGAGGGAUGGACCUGUCCCUGGUGUCUAAACCGGGAGGUUUUGCAAAACUGAAAAAACAAUUCGUUGAACGGUUAAUGCGACGAACCAUCGGAUUACCAGUGGAGGACCCCACUCACUCAAUGCCUCCGCCGAUUUUACCUGUUCGAAUCACCCACAAAACGAUGCGAGAACGAUCACGUAAAUUAGCAAAAAGAAUACGAAAAAAUAAAAAAUUUCGAACAAUGGAGCAGAACAAAGUGCUGGCGGAAGUUUUGCUACAGAAGACGUCACACCCUCGAGGCUUGUGGAUUUCAGUGAAGGAAAUGAUGUGGAAUUCACACCUUUUGGAAGCGAAUGGAGAGCCCCACCAGCUCAUAGGCCGACACAGCGAGCGCUUAACUUUGCCGCUCCGACAGCAGGCCGUGCGUACUCAGAGGAGCAGAGUUCACCUCGGAUUGGAGCCGCCUUCACACCACUGUGUCCACUCAUCGACUGUACUUUUGACGACAACUAUCAGCGAACAGGACCAAGUGAAUGCAUCUCUUCGGGAAUGGUCGAUUUCUUCGGGGGCCGUUCUGAACUCGCUCACCGGAGUACCUCAUGACCUAACUAAAACAGGCACAUUCAUCUACGCCGGUGGUACAACCGUCUCUCCUGAAGACACAUUCAUCCUAUCCUCUAAGGUUCCCGUGGAGCUGAAGGAACCUGCUCGUCUUGACUUCUUUGUCUAUCAAGCAGGUAUAAAAGGGCGCCUACAGGUGUGCCUCAAUACUGUGAGCAACUGUGCACUCAACAUUAAAGGAAGCACCAUAGACAAUAAGGCCCGAAAGUGGAAGAACUAUCAUGUUCCGUUAUCGACAUCUACACAUGCGAUUCACUUCGUAGCCGACGAACUGCAAGAUAAUUACGCCAUCGGGCUGGAUCACAUCCAGCUGCUUAACAAAUAUGGAAUGGCCGCACAACUUUGCAACUGA